GAAAUUUUUCUAGUACUGUGCGGGGACCAACGUUCUCUUUUGAAUUGAUAAAAGUGGCAUGGAGAGCCUCUGCCGAGUGCUAAUUGACGGGAGAUGUGGCCCUUCAUGAUGGCGUCAAAGGUUGCUCGGCACUGGCUAAGAGCGGAGCCUAGUGUGCGUGUGGAGAGCCUCGUCAUUGUCCAUAAUAAUUUGUAUUAUCUUGCUUAUGAGACAUAUCCCAGAUAUAUAAUACCACGAAAUUUCUUCCUGACUAUUUUGCUGGCUAGAUACUGCAACAAGAACCGAAAAGGAAAAUAUAUCAUUCAACAGCGAGACAGUAAAAGUUGCUUUCAGUUCGAGUGAUUCCACCACAGCAUAGGUUUCGAUUGGAUUGAGAGAGCUUUACAGCAAUGGCAACUCAGGAAUCCGAAGAUCCAGUUCGAAUGCUGGUCCUUGAGACAGAUUCGCCCCAUCCUGAUAUUAGGGACGAAAAAGGCGGCUAUAGUGAUAUCUUGAACGCUCUAUUUCAAGAUGCUGGAAAAGAACACGAUCCACCCUUGGAAAUAGAGACGGAGAUGCACUAUGUUGUCGAUGAUCCUGAAAAAGGUCAUCAUGGGCACGUUCCUCAAGUGUCCGAUGUCGAUCCAUCUAUCAACGCCAUACUGAUCACGGGAAGCAUGUACGACGCCCAUGGAGAUGACCCAUGGAUCCAACAAUUGCUGCAAUUCUUGCGAGAUCUUUGGAUUGAACGAAAGGAUAUGAAGUUCAGUGGUGUUUGCUUUGGUCACCAAAUAUUAUCGCGGGCUUUAGGGGCAAAAGUGGAGCAAGAGCCGAAUGGAAGAUGGGAAUUGUCACAUACGGAAAUGGAUUUGACAUCUGUGGGCCAGAGAUUGUUCCAAACGAAAGACAAAAAGCUUAGUCUACACCAAAUGCAUCAGGAUCAAGUGACCAUUGUACCAUCAGCAUCGACAACUGAUUUGCUCACUGAAGAUGACAACGUUGAGAAUUGGGCCAGUACAGAACAUACAAAGAUUCAAGGUCUGUAUUUGAGGGAGAGGCUGUUUACCAGUCAAGGGCAUCUUAGUUUUGACGAAGAUAUGGUGCAUCUCGAAAUUGAAAUGCGUGUUGAGAGUGGUGGAAUCAGGGACAAGGAAGUUGCAGAGAAGGCGAAGGAUACCGCACACUUAAGGCACGAUGGAUUGGUUGUUGCUGGCGCAAUAUUGAGAUUUUUCCAUGGAGACGACCGGGACAUUCCUUGAAGGAUUGUUCAGCCUGAAUAGGGAGAUUUGGUCCUGCAAAUUUGUUUUCUAUAUUCCAAUGGCAUUUGGCGCGUAAAAACCUCUUUCACACCAUUUACACAAUGUGGAGGCUAUGGACUUGUACCAUUCUCGGUGAAGCUAUCGUUCAAUCAUUCAUUUCAGGCUUCUGGGACAUGCUGAAAUGAACUUGGUAAUGGUGAUCUGUCUGUGGUGUCAACGGUAUGAAUCGGGAAUGGAUAUGCAACGACGGAUAAGCUAGAACUGGCAUUAUCUCAGCUGUGCAACUAAAGGAUCUUGCUGGCGCUCUCUAAGAAAAGCCCCUUCAUGCACUUGUGAUCAACGGCAAGGCGCCACAACACCAAUGGUCAUAGAAACAACUCCAAACAAGGUUCGGGACUUCUUGAUAUCAAAACAGAUCGAUACUGCAACGGUAACAACAUCAUUAGUGAUUCUAGGGGGAGAUGUUGAGGCGGCACAGCAUGCAUGCAAGCAAGAUUAAAAUUACAUAAGCAUUACAUUCCUCACGGGUUGCA